AUGAAUCCUCCAGUUUUCUAUGAUGCUGAGUCAGAGGAUACGUAUGAGUUCAUCAUAGAUUGUCAUGAGAGGCUCCAUAAAAUGGGGCCUGUGGACAAGCCAGUUGGGUUACCUCCGUUGACUUGGGUUCAAGUCUAUUCAGUGUUUCUUGAUAAGUAUUCUCCACGUGCUCUGAGGGACAGGAGGAAAAAUAAGUUUGUUAAUAUUGAUCAAGGGAACUCAUAUGUUGCUGAGGUAGUGGAGCAUGUCCGUACUGUUGAGGGGAUUAGACAGGAGAGUCAUGUGUCUGUUGGGGGCCCAUCAGGGGUCAAUUAUCAGUCUUCAGGUCAGCAUGGGGGUUAUAUUGCUUCAUCAGCUUCUGUUCAGCGACCUACGUUGGACCGUGCUUGUUAUAAGUGUGGUGAGGGGACUCAGUAUCAGGAUCCUCGAGCUCCAUUUGCACUAGAUAGAAUAGGUAAGAACCGUGCACCAAAAACGCGAGGCGGCCACACCGCGGGUAGGGGUGGCGCUCAGCCUAACCGAGGCGGUCCUAAGGCAAGCAGAGGUGGACAGCGACUCGGCAGGGCCGAGGCUCAGACUGGACCGGGUAAUCACAAUGGUUCACAUGCUAUAGGAGGGCGCGGUCACUUGUACGCUUUCCCAGGUAGACCCGACGCUGAGGCCUCCGAUGCUGUCAUCACGAGUACUAUCUUAGUUUAUGACCGGAUGGCUUCUAUUUUAGUUGAUUCGGGUUUUGCUUUUUCAUAUGUGUCUUCAUAUUUUGCUGUGGAUUUGGAUAUGAUGUGUGAUGCUCUUGAUGCCUCUAUCCAUGUAUCUACUCUAUUUGGGGAUUCGAUGGUGUCUCGGCAUUAUGCAAUUCUAGAUUAUCGCUCUAAAACUGUUACCUUUGCUAUGCCUGGGACACCUAGACUUGAGUGGAAAGAUACUCCAUCUAUUAAUUCGGUUCCAGUGGUACGCGAGUUUGCGGAUGUGUUCCCCACGGACUUGCAAAGUAUGCCACCUGACCGUAACAUUGACUUUCAGAUUGAUUUAGACCUAGGGACUCGUCCUAUCUCUAUUCCACCUUAUAGGAUGGCGCUAACAGAACUUAGGGAAUUGAAAGAACAGUUACAAGAUCUUUUGAACUCUUUUGUGAUAGUGCUCAUUGAUGAUAUCCUGGUGUAUUCUAGAAGUAAGAAGGAGCAUGAGAAAUAUUUGAGGAUUUCUCUUGGGGAAGGUAUUAAGGUGGAUCCGCAGAAAAUUCAGGCAGUUAGGAAGUGGGCUAAGCCUACAUCAGUUACCGAAAUCUAUAGUUUCGUGGGUCUUACUAGCAAUUAUCGUCGGUUCGUGAAAAGGUUCGCCUCUAUUGCUUCUCAUUUGACCUCAUUGCGCAUGGAGGGCAAGAAUUUUGUUGUUUAUUGUCAUGCUUCACGCUCUGGGUUGGGUGUUUUUUUGAUGCAGGAAAAAAAGGCAGUGGAGAUGGAUGGAACUGCCGAAAGAUUAAGGUCAAUCACCAUUUUGUAUCAUCCUGAUAAAGCAAAUGUGGUAGCUGACGCAUUGAGCAGAAAGUCAGCUAGCCAAGAAGUACGCUCAUUUGAUCUCUUCGGAGCAUCCAUUAAGGCUAAGCAACUUGAGGAUAAUAAUUUGUGUAAAAUUAGAGACAAGGUGUUACGAGGUGAGGCCAAGACGCUGAUUGACCAAGAGAGGGUGAAAUAUGAGCAUCAGAAACCUGGGGGUACAUAUCAGAGGAUCCUCAUUCCUGAGUGGAAGUGGUAA